AUGCAACGAAAGUGAAUUUUGUAGUUUUUUAGUAGUAUAAAAGCGGCAAGUUAGUACAAAUCAGCAUCCAGUUCAUUGUCUGGAACCGAUGCGAACAAUAAUAAGUGGUGUCGCAAUGAAGUUAUAUAUAUGUCUUUCAACACUUUUGUUGGCUUCAGCUUACGCUGAAACAGAUCAAAAGAAGUCUAAUGCGAACGCAGUGCCUUUGGAGAAGAAGUUAGACAAACGUGGUCUACUGAAUCUCGGAUAUGGCUACGGUAUCAACGGUCUGGACGUAGGGUACAUCGGUGGGCAUGGUCAUUUGGGAGGAGCAUACCAUUCCGCUCCAUCCCAUGGGUAUGGCCACGGCGGAUAUUUGCUGGGAGGACACACGGACGUGACCAAGACCAUUACCCUAGUGAAGGGAGUGCCAGUGCCAUACACUGUGGAGAAGCAUGUGCCUUACCCCGUUGAGAAGCAUGUCCCAUACCCAGUGAAAGUUCCAAUUCCUCAACCAUACGAGGUUAUAAAGCACGUGCCAGUGCACUAUAAGGAAUACGUUAAGGUCCCAGUUCAUGUGCCAGCACCGUAUCCUGUCGAGAAGAAGGUUCCAUACCCAGUGCAUGUGCCAGUUGACCGCCCAUACCCCGUCAAAGUGUUAGUACCCCAACCGUACACCGUGGAGAAGCACGUACCCUACCCAGUGAAGGUUCCGGUACCGCAGCCAUACGAAGUUACCAAACAUGUUCCGGUCCCGGUUCAGGUUGAGGUGCCAGUUCCAGUGCCGUACACCGUCGAGAAGAAGGUUCCCGUUGAAGUCAAGGUUCCGGUUGAUCGUCCCUAUCCAGUCCAUGUCCCAGCUCCCUACCCAGUUGAGGUGGAGAAACCUGUCCCGUACACCGUCGAAAAACCCUACCCAGUCCCGGUGAAGGUCCCCGUCGAUCGCCCAUACCCAGUGCCGGUCGAGAAACCAGUACCGUAUCCCGUUAAGGUUCCCGUUCCGCAGCCCUACUACGUCGAGAAGCAUGUCCCCUACACCGUCGAGAAGCCCGUCCCGUACCCGGUGCAGGUCCCCAUCGACCGUCCCUACCCAGUGACCGUGGAGAAGCACAUUCCGGUCGAGAAACCCGUUCCGGUCCCAGUACCGGUAAAAGUUCCGGUUGCUGUCCCGAUCUCCUCCUCCCACUACCACCACCACGAGCCACUCCAGCACCAUUACGAUACGAGCUACACCAGCUUCAGCGGUUACGGCCACGACUACAGCUACCAUCAUUAAGUACAUAAUAAUUGGAUCGAACCUGCCAGUAAGAUGCCCCAUCGCACAACCGAAUACAACUAGCAGCUAGACAAAGACAGCAAGAUUCGCACGUCACAACUUCAUCACUAUCACCAUUAACUGAAAUUUGUUAUCUUACGUUAAAAUAAUCAUUUGUUCUGUACCGUGCUUUUUUUUUCUAUACGCAAAAACAAGUUUUGAAUAGCUAUCGACCGCCAAGUAUUCGUAGCGCUACUUCGACUGUCGAUUAUCAAUUCCGCUCGCGGCUGUGAUGUGGAGAGCACGCGGAAUGGACGACAUGCAACGGGACCAAAAAUAAAAACAAGCAAAUCAACUUAAAAGACGGGAAAAAACAAAAGCCGCAAACUGUGAAUGUGAAACUAAAAGUUACCAUAUUUUAUUAUUUCGAAUGCACCAUUCGCCGAUAGCGGAACAGAGCAAACCCACAACAACGUCGAACAAACUCCCACCCCCUUUUGAAUGUUCCCCGAUCGGUUAAAUUAUGUCAUCCAACAUGUGUAAGCUGACAACCCGUUCGAUGUUGCUUAUUUUAUUAGUGUGUACAACCGAAAUGUGAUUUUACUAUAUUUGUAAAAAAAAAUGUGAAAAAGAAACGGAAAAAGCAAUGUAAGAAUAUAUUAUUGUAUUUUUUAUGUAAAUAAGAAACAAAAAUAAAGAAAAAUUAAAACAUACAACGCGAAA